AUGGAAUUAGUAGAGGAGCACCACCACCGUGGAAGGCGCUCAUCUGUGGAUCCAUCUCGGCGGUUGUCUGGCCGCCGCCGACUCUGCCUCAUCCAUCCCUCUCUCUCUCUCUCUCUCUUCUCUCUCUUUCUCUCUCACUCGCACACGCGCGCGCGCACUCAGAUAUUUCUCAGUUUAUCCGGCGUCUUCCGAUGGACUCUCUCACCCUCUCCACGCCGCUCAGCCACCACUCUCUACCCGUUCUCCCUCACUUCCUUCCACCACCAAACUCUGACCUCCUCCCCGUGGCCGGAAUCCCUCCUGCUCCAGAUUUCCUCCUCGGCACCGCAGACUCCCGCCACCGCCAUGCGUGGCGCUGAGGCGGAUGCAAUGGGAUUGCUGCUCAAGGAGAGGAUUGUGUUCUUGGGGAACAACAUUGAUGAUUUUGUUGCCGACGCUAUUAUCAGUCAGCUGCUUUUGUUGGAUGCCCAGGAUCCCACCAAGGACAUUAGGCUCUUCAUCAAUUCUCCUGGUGGCUCACUCAGUGCUACAAUGGCCAUCUUUGAUGUUGUACGACUAGUCAGAGCUGAUGUCUCCACGGUUGCACUUGGAAUUGCCGCAUCGACAGCUUCCAUCAUCCUUGGUGGUGGCACUAAAGGCAAGCGAUUUGCAAUGCCUAAUACACGGAUUAUGAUACACCAACCUCUUGGGGGUGCUAGUGGGCAAGCAAUAGACGUGGAAAUUCAAGCGCGAGAAGUCAUGCAUAACAAGAACAAUGUCACACGAAUUAUAUCUGAUUUCACUGGUCGAUCAUUUGAACAAGUUGAGAAAGAUAUUGAUAGAGAUCGUUACAUGUCCCCUAUUGAAGCAGUUGAAUAUGGCAUAAUCGAUGGAGUAAUUGAUAGAGACAGCAUCAUCCCACUUGUCCCUGUUCCUGAAAGAGUUAAAUCCUCUACCUUCAAUUAUGAGGAGGUCAGCAAAGAUCCAAAAAAGUUUUUGAGACCAGACAUUCCUGAUGAUGAGAUAUACUAGUUGUUGAGGUUAUCACAGGCAUUACGGAUAUGUUUUCAGGUGAAGAGUACACAUCAUGCAAUCACCGCCGUUCAGAUAAACUUGAUUAUGUCAGGAAAUCUUCCAAGUUUUUACCAUUUUCAUUUGCUGUAAUAGAGGGGACUUCCAUAUUCCAGUUGUGGCCAGAACAUCACUGCAAAAUUCGAAUGAAGUACCAUUCCAAGAUUUCAAGAUCCUAUUUUUUUCUCCUCUCGUAAUGUAAGGGGAUUCAGUUUAAGCAAAGGGAUCCCAGUGUGCAAUUCAUCACUACAUACUCUGUUAUUUGGCUGCUAUUGCAUUGAUUUUACAAUUACAACAGCUAGGCCAGAUCCUGUUGGUAAUAUUUAUCAGUAACUCUACUUCACAAAAUUGUAGUGUGCUAUAAGGCUAGAAUCUUGAGUUGGAUCCCAUGAGAUUGUGUUAAGAUGUUGAUUGUGAUUGUGAUGAAGGAAGAAAACAGGGGGAAGAACUACUUAUGAUCUUUAAAA